AUGCAACACGCCGGUGACCACGAAACGAUUUGGAGCAUGAUGGGCAAGCUUGGCGCCUUCACCAUGAGCAAGACAGGACGCGGCCGCGGCCGCGGAAGGGCAAGUGCCAAGGCAGCUCCGAAAACUCUCAUCGUUCCAAAGGCUGGCUCGCUGCAGCCAAAGGCAGCUCCCUCUGGUGCGUCGGAGCCGCGCGAUGCGCCGGUUCAGCUAGCCGUCAUCCAAUGGACUCGAGUUGCUCACAAGGCCAUCGAGUCGUUCGGAGACGACCCCCUCUGGCAAAUCCAACUGAAGCACGAUGGCAAGCCCACCGUGUCCAUGCAGUUGAUCCGCCACUUCGGAAACUACUUGACCGUCCUCCGUGAAACCGACGACAAUAUCCCGGAGAGCAUCCAAGCUCUAAAGGAACGCGCAGGCAUCGCUCUCCAGCUUGCCGGCGGCACGGUGCAGUGGCGUGCCGCGUGGUACGUGGAAGGUCCGCCUGAGGCGCUUCAAAACGCACUACGUCUCAUCCUCGGCUUUGUACAUCAUCGCUGGAACAGCGCUGCGCCCGGAGAACGUGGUUUCCCUGGAGACCUCAGGAUCGAGCUCGACGUGGACCCCUCCAUCGUGUGCAAAAACGAGCUUGCAGAGAUGCCUGUGGCACCUAUGCUUGUACGUAACUUGGACCUUUCGCCCUUUUCCCCGGCACCACCUGCUGGUGCCCAGAUUCUGACGUUCCAGAUCGAGUUCAACGAGACCAAUGGCUUGACGGGCGUACUGGCUGGAGCUACAUGGGCGUUCCGAAAGGAACUCGAAGCGAAUGGCAUCUACGGCGCUCGCGUCGAGGCAGACGACUCCUAUGUCCGAGUGCUAUCUUGCGUCGAUGUAUCCACUAAGAACGGACGCGAUUGGAUCUUGCAGAAACUCUUCCGGGAGAUCCUGUGUGACACCGUCUUGCACCUGGUGGUAGCUACACCGCCUCUGCCGGAGACUGCGGGAGCAGAGUUCUUGCAGAUCCUGGUUGCCCAGCCGCAUGUGUAUACCGAGAAGUUGUAUGUGCUGUUAACGUACGUGGCCAACUUCGUGGCUCGAAGUUUGGUGACUAUCUUGAUCUUGCAGGCUAGCUGGCAAGCAGUGUAUCCAUCGGCUGCCAUGCAUGCCGACAGCUCGACCGCCGGCAGUGAGUUCGACGCGCUCUUGGCGCAGAUGGCGACGCUGCCCGACCCAACCCGCCAGCAGGUGCUGGAAUGCUUUACCCAGCUCGUGUCGGUCGAAUGCACGUCGCGCCUGGCUGAGAUACGCUUCUUCUUGCGCGCGCGUGCGCGCGCAGUUUCUGUGUGCGCUGCUGGCUCCGGGGUUCCGGCUGGCAACGCCGCAGUGUCCGAACAGCCGGCCCCAAGCGGCAUCGCGCUCCAACUCAUGCACACGAUCUUGCGCGAUGUCCACCUGGCGAACCACAAUGUGCCCAUUGACAUUGAGGACGACUCCGUCGGCUGCGGCGACCUGCGGGAUGCUUUCUUCGCUUGCUUGGGCUUACUACCACGCGCAGAGGAUAACGCCGAGCCGCAAGCUGCGACUCUCCGCAACUGCAGCGCCGAGCCGCCUACUUCCGACAUUGAACGCAUGACGGACGGCAGCGGCGCCAGUACUUUUGCAGGAUCUGAGCCACGUCCAAACAUUAGCGACGCAGCCCUCGGAGCCAAAGGUUCCUCGAAGGGUAUUUCCCUGGGUAAAUCGCAGCGCCACUGGAGCGUGGGGAACUACCAGGCCGGAACUUUUGAGGGGGCUCCCGUGGUUACACCGCCAGCGGCGGGAGCCAAUCUUCCGCAAGGUAGCGCCUUUUCCUUCCUGGGUAAAACGCCCAGCAGGAACACGGGAAACAACCUGGUAAAGGGAAGGGUUCCCUUGAAAGCAGAUCAUGGGAAAGACAGGUUACAAGGUAGGUUUUCUGCUGAGCAGGAUUUUCUGGGGCCUCAUAUCUACGGUAAGGGCAAACUCGCUGCCAACACUAAAACGCACUCCAACCGCACAUUCUACACUUCUUUGUUAAAAUCCCUCGGAUUUGCAGACGUUUUCUCCUUUAAACAGUCCAACCUGACCAAGCAUGUCACCUACAGGGAUAAAUUCUCACCUCCGGACAACUGGGACCAGUUCAUUCUCGACCCCCUAAUUCUUCUACAAAUGUGGGAUCGUUUUGCCACGCUCCCCUUGCCAGAGUCGGAUCAGCUUUCGCUGGUUUCGGAGAUUCGAGCGCACAAAGCCAUGGUCUACUCCGCCAAGCGCAUUUAUUCCCUACUAAAGGCGUUUGCAGACCACCUCGCCAAUGUACAAUGGGGUCCCACCACGGACGCUGCGUUGGAGCGGCGCUUUCAGCAGGUGCUGGUGCAAGAGCCGAGCCCGAUGGACACCAUCAGCAUCCUCCGCGGCCUCAAGCCGCGCUACGAGCUGCACCACGGGGUCCACAUCUCCGACCGCGCGGUGGUGGCUUCGGCCAUCCUCAGCUCCCGCUACAUCACCGACCGCUUUCUUCCGGAUAAGGCCAUCGAUCUCGUAGACGAGGCUGCGGCUGUGGCCAAAAUGCGGGUCACCUCCAAGCCGCAGGAGCUCGAGCGCCUGGACCGCCGCAUUCUGCAGCUGGAGAUGGAGAAAGUGAGCGUAGGAGAUGACAAGGACGCCCAGUCUCAGCAGCGACUCUCCGAGCUGGACAAGGAGUUGGAGACGCUGAAAGCCCAGCAAAGCGAGCAGGAAUCGAAGUGGCGCCAGGACCGCGAAGCGCUGACGGCUGUCCAGGACGUGAGGCAGAAGAUUGAAGAUCUGGAGAGGGAUCUGGCAGAGGCCGAGCGAACCUACGACCUGGAACGUGCGGGGCAGAUCAAGUACGGCCAGCUCGGCCCCCUCCAGAAGCAGCUGGAGGCCAUGGACUCGAGCUCGGAGAAGGGUGGCCUGGAGGAGGUCACAGAGAGCGAUAUCCAGCACAUCGUGUCCAUGCGGACAGGCAUCCCAGUGGAGAAGAUGUCCAUGGGCGUGCAGCAGCGACUGCUGGGCCUGGAAGAUGAGCUGCACGAGCGCGUUGUGGGACAAGACGCGGCCGUGAAGGCGGUGGCAGAAGCUGUUCAACGGUCGCGGUAUGGCCUCAGUGACCCGAAUCGUCCGAUUGCGUCCUUCCUGUUCUUGGGGCCGACAGGUGUCGGAAAGACGGAGCUUGCCAAGACCCUUGCCAACUGGCUCUUCGACUCCGAGGAUGCCAUGAUUCGCAUCGACAUGAGCGAGUACAUGGAGAAGUUCGCCGUGUCGCGGCUGACUGGUGCCCCGCCCGGCUACGUGGGCUACGAGGAGGGAGGCCAACUCACCGAGCCCGUGAGGCGGCGCCCUUACAGCGUCCUCCUCUUCGACGAGAUGGAGAAAGCGCAUCCCGACGUCUUCAACCUCCUCCUGCAAAUCUUGGAUGACGGGCGCUGCACAGACUCCCAGGGCCGCACCGUGGACUUCAAGAACUGCGUCAUUGUCAUGACCUCCAACGUGGGCAGCGAAGCCAUUACCUCCAACGCCGGCGCGGAGGAGGCGGUGCGUGCGGCAAUGGCCCGCACAUUCCGGCCAGAGAUGCUGAACCGAGUGGACGAGAAGAUCAUCUUCCAACCUCUUGGCCGUGAAGACCUGCGCGCCAUCGCGCAGCUGCAGCUCAAGCGCGUCCAAGAGAGGCUGGCAGACCGGUCCAUCAACUUGGAGGUCACAGAUGCUGCCGUGGACGUCAUCGCCGAGCGCGGCUACGACCCCGCCUUCGGAGCCAGGCCGAUCAAGAGGUCCAUUGUUGCGAAUGUGGAGACGCCCCUCGCGCAGCGAGGCCUGGCGGGCGAGUUCGCGGACGGCGACACCGUCCGCAUCGACGUGGAUAGUGACGGCGCUUUGACGUACAUGAAGGCGGGCGCUCCGCCUCGUUCGGCGCAUGGGCUGGGAUGGGCCUCCUGCGCGUCCUGCGCCCUGGCGCGCGGCGCAUGCGGCGCCCAGGGCCGGCGCGGGAGGCGCGGGAGGCGCGCCGCGCGGAAGGCCGGCGACGCGCGCGAAGCGCAGGGCGAGGUUUUCCUGCCGCUUCCGGAGGAGCCCGGAAGCCCGGCACUUCCCGGGAGCAUCGCCGUGGUCGAGUUGGAGGGCAAAGGCUGCGGCGUGGUGGCAACUGCCCCCAUCUCGCGGGGGGAGACGAUCUUGAGGGAGCUUCUGGGGUUGCCGACCUCCUUCCAGUCCGACGUGGACGCGCUGCUGAACGCGACGAGCUUGCGGAAGCUCGACGAGGACUUGAACGCUGCGUUGCGAGACUGCUCCAAGGCAAGUCAGGAUCGUUUCUGGGAGCUGUCGGACUGCCACGCGGCCGAGACGAAGACGGCGGCGGGCAUCGCCCUGACCAACGCGUUGCAACUGGGCACGGGCGGGGGCCUUCUGACGACGUCUGCGCGGUUCAACCACAGCUGUAAGCCGAACAUUCAGGGGCGCUGGGACAAGAGCCAGAGGAGAGGGAUGGCUGUGUGGCACGCCCUGCGCGACAUCUCCGUGGGGGAGGAGCUGUGCUUCUCCUACGUCGAUCCAUACGACAGCGACGUGGAGCGCCAGUCGACCUUGCAAAGGCUGUUUAAGUUCCAGUGCAGGUGCCCCAUCUGCACGCUGCGGGGCGAGGCGAGGGAGGCCAGCAACCAGAACCGCCAGCAGCUGCGUGAUUUGAAGGAGGCGCUGGAGCUGGCGGCCCUGGUGGCCGACGACACCGCCGAGAUGGCCAGGGAGCUGGUCCCGCCCAUGCUGGAGCUCCUGGACGAGGAGCUAGACGGCAGCCCCGCGCUCAAGAGCAAG